AACGGUCUUACAUACUUUGUACGUACCUUUUUAUGAGCAUUUGUAUUUUUUUUUUUUGUUCCAUUUUAUUACUUGUUUUUUAAUUGUUGUUUACUUUUUGAUCUUCAAAUGCAGUGUCGUGCUUUUGAUUCUUUUAUGCAAGAGACUAUGAGAUGUCGUGAUUUUGAUCGUCUCCACCAUUGGCAAACAUCAACUCUUUACUUCCCUUGGAGAAGCAAGGACAACAAUUUUGAUUGUGGUGUCUAUGCAAUCAAAACCAUGGAGCUGUAUGACGGUCAAAAUACUAACCAUGUUGCACUUGUUGACCUGAAAAGGGCAGCCACCAAAAACCUUGAGCGGUGUAGGCUUGCUCUUCGUCUUGUGGACCAUCCUUUAAACAAACUGAGAGAGAAAGUGAAGCAUGACUGUUAUGUUUGGUCUGCAAAGAAACCUGAACUGAUGGCAAGACAGAAGAUAAGGAAGGAUAAAGAGGCUGUUCUAGAUAAAUUAGCAUUUAAUCGAUCAAAGAAGACGAAUAGAAAAGAAGCACACAUUUUACGGCGAAGGAGGGAUCAUGAGGCGAAAGUAGAAGAUGUGUUGAAUAAUAAUUUUGGAGACAAAGUGAAAAUAGAGCAACUGUUGAAAUUUCAUUAUUCUUAGGUGCCAAACUUUUUUUUAUUAUUAUUAUAAUGUACAGUAGAAAUAGCACACCAUUAAAUUUUGCAAUGUACAGUAGAAAUAGCACAGAACUCAUUUUACAUUUUAUAUCUGUGUUCUUUAAUGAAUUGUACAUUUACACUUACUUUGAAUGGAAUACAUUUGUGUAAAUGAAGUUGUUUGAAAAUUAAUUG